AGUGAAACACAUCAAAUCGCUAUAUUGACAAUAAAAGAUAAUUCUAAGUAUGGUACUUUUGUUAAUGAGGAAAAAAUGCAGAAUGGACUUUCCCAAACAUUGCAGACAGGGGAUAGAGUUACUUUUGGAGUAUUUGAAAGUAAAUUCAGAGUGGAGUAUGAGCCUUUGGUUGCAUGUUCUUCUUGUUUAGAUGUUUCUGGGAAAACUGCUUUAAAUCAAGCCAUAUUACAGCUUGGAGGAUUUACUGUAAACAAUUGGACAGAAGAAUGCACUCACCUUGUCAUGGUAGCAGUUAAAGUUACCAUUAAAACAAUAUGUGCACUCAUCUGUGGAUGUCCGAUUGUAAAGCCAGAAUAUUUUACUGAAUGUCUUAAAGCAGUUCAGUCCAAGAAACAGCUUCCACAAAUUGAAAGUUUUUAUCCACCUGUUGAUGAGCCGGCCGUUGAAAGUAAAAAUAUUGAUCUGUCAGAACGGCAGGAAAGAAAACAGAUCUUCAAAGGGAAACAUUUGCAUUUCUAAUGCCAAGCAGGUAAUCAUAAAAAAUUAAGUUCAGCAGUUGUUUUUGGAGGAGGAGAUGCUAAAUUGAUUACAGAAGAAAAUGAAGAAGAGAGUUUCUUUUUGGCACCUGGAACUUGUGUUGUUGAUGUAGGAAUAACAAAUUCACAGACCUUAAUUUCUGACUCUCAAAAAAAAUGGAUUCAUUCAUUAGACAUGCUCCAAAGGCAAGGUCUUAGACCUAUUCCGGAAGCAGAAAGAUUGGCAGUUAUUUUCAUGACUACAGAGAAUUACUGUAAUCCUCAGGUCCAGCCCAAUACAGGAUCCAGGACAACGACUCCAGGGCCAAACCUUUUCCAAGGCUUAUCAGUCAAAGAGAAGCUCAUGCCAACUACCCCAGUGAACACUAUGACAUAUGUAGCCAACACAGAGUCGGAGCAAGGAGCUACAUGUAUGGAUUUGAGUGAAAGAUCAAAAGAAGUAAAAAUCUCCAGAAUGGAACAAAAAUUCAGAAUGCCCUCACAAGAAACAUCCACUGUAAAGGAAUCCCCCAAAAUAAUCUCUGAUCAUAAUACUGUAAUAUCAGAUACUCUAGUGAGGAAUCCAAACUAUCAGCUCUCACCAGUAAAGCUCCCAGGUGUAAAUAGAAGUAGAGAUCGAGCUUCCCAGCAGCUGCAGACCAACUCCAUCCGAAAUUACUUCCAGCUAUCCACCAAAAAAAGGGAAAGGGAUGAAGAGAAUAAAGAAAUGCCAUCUAAAUCAGCAAAAAUGGAAAUGUCUUGUACUCUUCUAGAGCAAACACAACCUGCUACACCCUCAGUGUCGAGAAAUGAGGAGCAGCAUCUAUCUCAGAAUGAGCCAGUGGGGGGAAAAACAGAUACCUUAUUUACAGAUGUGGAUUCAAAAUCCACUGUAAAAAAUUCUGCCGAUAAAUCUCUUUCUACAGAAAAACGAAGAUCAGAAAAAAGGAAAAUUGAUGAUGUAGCUACAGAAAAUGAAAUAUUUGAAGAGGUAUUCAAGAACACAAAAUUAGAGUUAGAAAUUGAAGUGAAAACUCAAAAACAAAAGGAAGAUGUCAAAAUUAGAAAAAUGCCAGGAUUGGACAUAGAAACAAAUGGCUCUUUUAAUGAUGAAAUGAUACCAGAAAGUAACAAAAUAUCUCAAAAAAAUGAAAUUGGGAAGAAACAUGAGAUUGAGAAAGAAUUACUGUGGUCAACUAAAGAAGAACUAUUGAACAAUGACAGACUUCAGUAUGAGAAUGAGAUGCCUCCAAGGAAGAUGUUACUGACUGAAUUUAGAUCACUCGUGGUUAGUACCUCUGCCUCCAGACAUGUACUCAGUGUAAAUGAUAAUUAUGGUCAACUAAAGAAUUUCAAAAAAUUCAGAAAGGUCACGUUUCCUGGAGCAGGAAAAUUUCCACAAAUCAUUGGAGGAUCAGAUCUAAUAGCUCAUCAUGCUCGAAAGAAUACAGAAUUAGAAGAGUGGUUAAGACAGGAAAUGGAGGUGCAAAAUCAACAUGCAAAAGAAGAGUCUCUUGCUGAUGAUCUCUUUAGAUACAAUCCUAAUGUAAAAAGGAGACGAUAACUAAGGAUUUUAUAAAGAAGCUGUGGAAAAACUUUCCUUUCAAGCAUUGCAUCCUGUUUUCUCUGGGAUACAUGCACAUAGUACAUACAAAGGAUUUAAGUUACAAAGAUCCUGUGGCCUGAAUUUGUUAAUAAAAUGCACAAAACUCCA